AAAAAAAAAACAAAAAAAAAAAGAAGAAAUUCCCAUUGGAUUUUCCUUGGCCCCUCACUUCCCGCCUUAAAUUUUCACCCCCAUACAACUCCUAUCUCACAUUCUUUAGAAUCUUUGAAAAUAGAAAUCCAAAGAAAAACAGUGAUCACAAUUAUGUCGUCCCAGCAAAUCGCCAACCACCAAGAAGACGCCGAGAUCUUCCACGGCGAUGCCGUCUGCAAGCAGAAGGCCGGCCAACUGCUUGAAGAAAUGUCUCUUCCACGUGGCCUCCUCCCUCUGGACGACCUCAUUGAGGUUGGCUACAACCGCAUCACCGGCUUCGUCUGGCUCAAGCAGAGGAAGUGCAAGGAGCACCAAUUCACUGCGAUCGGGCGCACAGUAUCAUACGACAACGAGGUCACUGCGUUCGUCGAGGAGCAUCGGAUGUGGCGGCUAACAGGGGUCAAGAGUAAGGAGCUUCUGAUAUGGUUUACCAUCUCUGAAAUCUUCAUUGACGAUUCCGAUCCUGACAAGAUCACGUUCACCAAUCCAACGGGGAUUUCACGGUCAUUCCCGGUCUCGGCAUUCGAGAUCAAGGAAUGAAGUGGCAUUAUUGAUUGACGAAAGAGAUGAACCUUCUUUGGGUUUAGGUUUUCAUAGAAAAUGUAGAAGAGAAUGGUGUAUCAAAAUGGUAUGGUUUUCGCGAGUUUGUGUACCUUUCAAAUUCAGAAAUUAGUAACUUGAUUUACAUUCCGAAAAUAUAAGCUUCACCAUUUCCUGGCUUAUAUUUUAAGCAGGGAUUUCCCUCCCCAAUGAACGUUCACGAUUGGAUUCUAGCCUAUCAAAUCCAAGAUAUAAGCUCGAACCUGAAAUUAAAACGCAUAUAAAUCUUAUCAAUAUAUAAAUUGACAUUGAACAAAAAUAUGCUCUUUCUUGUUAUCUCUAUCAAGAAUUCA